AUGUCUUCACCAAACAAUGUUCCACCUGCACCCGCUCCCGCGCCUAUUCCAUUGCCUCAUCAAAAGCAACCUACUAAGAAAUACUCUGAAGGGAGCAUGUACGAAGAUCUUUCACCUGAAGAUGUAGAGGCUUGGCAUCGUCGUUACCGAGAUUAUAAGAAGUGGAGACAGGAGAUUUCAGUGAAACAAGUGACCAAGCCUAAGAUUGGGGUGAACAGUAAAGGCGGCAGUGUGCACUUGGGGGAAAGUGUAGGAGUAGGACCAGCAGAUUGGAAUUGGCGUGAACCUUCCGAAUGUGGAACUAUACCUACUACAAUCAUCGAAAGAGCCUGGGAGACCGCAAGGGCUACAACGACAAGUCAAUUAAGACCACAAGCUGAACCUCCCGCUCCUCCUCCACCUACAUCUCGGAUCUCCAAAAAAGUGUCCAACAAAGCUUUAAAAGCUAAAGUCGAGACUGUCGAUACUUUCACUACUUCUCCAUCUCAGGCUACAAUCGUAGUAUCAACUGCUCGAUCUCCCUUGUCCGAAAGGCCGCUUCCACCUCAGAAUGUAAAUCAGUCUCAACCAAAUCUGGUAAAGUCCAAGACCCCCACCACCUUCCACAUCGAAGCCCAACCCCCUACUAGUAAAUCAGUUACUCAGAAGCCUCUGACAUCUCAAAAGUCUCCUUCUCAAACUGUUUCUGGAGUUCAGGAUCCGAUCCGAUCCCAUCACGGCGUUCUCGUCCCACAAGCCCCAUCCAGAAACAAUAACCUGUCUACCGCCUUCUAUACAACUCAAAAGCCCAUGUUAACUAGCAAUCCAACACGCCCAGCUCCAACGCCACUCCUUGCUUGUCCACCGUCAUCAGCAAAGGUCUCGCAAUCAGUUUCCGAAAGCAAAGUCGGAUCACAUCAUUCCUCAAAAAAAAGCGCAUUGUUGAUCCCUGGAGAACAAAUCGUGCCUUCACCUACAUUGUCUGCGAAGUACGCCGAAAGGGAAGCAUAUAUCACUUCCGCUCUCUCCUUACCGCUGGAUCUGUUAGCCGAGACUAAUGCUCCCCCGAAAGUAACUACAAGCUCUCAAUUGACGACAGGUAGACUAGAUUCAUUAUUGGGCAGAACCAGAGAAGGUAGCAAAACAAAGGUUAGUCAAAGAUCAGCUGGAAGUGGUACUCCACCCCCAUCUGUAAGAAGUGAAACGCUACCAGAGAAAAUCGCAAGCCAAAUUGAGGGAAAUAAAAGUCAGACUGCAAGGGCUAUAGCUAGUAAUACUGUACCAUCGACGAGUGAUAUCUCAGAUCAUAGAGAACAUCACUAUCAAAGUUCAAACCAUCUUCCUAUCCCUAUCCCUGGUGCUCCUUCCGCAAGACCGAAAACGUCAUCGGGUGCAACGAUCUUGAAAGCUGCUAAUCAGCCCUUACCGCCAUCUGCGCCCACGCAGUCUCAGAUAUCAACCAUGAGUGUCGGAUCUACUAAAUCUUCCCAAAAUCAAUCCAAUAUCCCCUGCAAGCAACAGGCGCAUCUAAACAGCCCGGCAGCAUCGGAAGCGACAGUCAUCCGAGCAGCUCGAGAACCCCUGCCACUAUCCAUGACUGCGUCGUCUCGUGCCGAAACAAUUAGGAUCCCAGUCUCUGCAAGAACAGCUUUCGCCUCGUCAGGUCCCCCGACAAGGGAUGCUUCGACAGAAGCAAUUGUUCUGCGAGCUAAUCGGAUCCCACCUCCAGUUACAACAGGACAAACAGGUACACAACGGUCCCGGGCAUCGUCUGCUGUUCCACCACAAUCGAUUCUCGAUUCACCUCGGAAUGUUCCACUUCCUUCAACACAUUUGACAACUCCUUCUGCGUUCACAAAGUUGGAGCUAGGACGGACACCGCUCUCGCACAGGCGACAAAUGCCUCUUCCUCGUCCUGCGCUUACUCCCAAAUCCUCUGUUGACGGCUUGACGAAAUCUACUUCCUUUGGAAGACGACAUAGGGACCCCUCAGUAGGUGAUCUAACAGCGCAUUUUGAACCGAGCAUGUAUCCCCUUCCUCCCAAUGGCGCCACUCUAUUCUCAAGUCCAGAGCCUACAAGCAUCAUAGUAUCUCGAGCGAUCGACGAUCAAGUAGUCUCUACUAUGGUCCAAACCUUACCUCCUCCAGCAUCCGUGAUCAUUAAGACAGAAACAACUCCCCAAGCCAGGUCAAACCGGUCGAUACCUCCCUCCCCUCCGGGCACAAGAGCAGCUGCUAUCCUCCUUCCACCAUCUACAGCUAUACUAUCAGCCAGGUCAAUACCCGAUACACAGCCUUCUGCUCCUGCACCUAGCCUUGCUUCACCUCCUGCUCCACCUCCUCCGCUGAUGACUUCACCUGCUCAACUAAUUCAACCUUCAUCCAUGAUUCCUGAUGCUGCUGUACAAGCUUCGUCAUCUAGUCAUAUGAAAUCGGAUGCUCAUCUCGCCAAUGAUCCUGUUAACUCCACCUCCUAUAGAGCGCCAAAAAAUCAUCCUCACAUACACUUCUCCCCUGGUCAAAUCUCCCGGUCUCUACGAUCGGAUGACGAUCACGUUUCUUUUGAGGUUCCAUCUGGAUCGAGAGGUAGACUUAGAGUGACUCUUAACUGGCUAAGGGACGGUGGAAAGUCAGACAGAGGGUCUCCUAAGGAAAAGCGGCUCAGUAUUGUUGAUGGAGAGAGACCUCCGCCUCUACCUGCCAAGACAUCAAGCUUGAUGACUCGAGUGACAGGUAGAUCCAAAGCAGAAGAAUCACAGGGGAAGUCUACUCAAACGACAUAUCCCGCUGAUCUACCUCCACAAGCUGCACAAUCUCAUCCCUUGGCAGAACAAGAACGGCUCAAGUUGUUUCCUUCACCGCCAAAGCGUGAAAGCAUCAAAUCGCCCUCGCCGAAUGAUCUGUUCACAUCACAUCUUCAACAGCAACAGCAACAACAUCAUACAGGUCCUGCACCAUUCUAUAACCCUUAUUAUUCCGGUGCCACUCUACCUGCAUAUGCAGCUGCCAUGCCUCAAGUGUACAACAUGUUCUCGCCUCCAUUGACUUAUCCUCAACCUGGCUUACCUACUUGGCACGAUGCACAAUAUCGGUCCGUUCAAGGUGUGGGACAACCGACUUUACCUAAUGAUCAGUCUAGUCCUGCGAGGGAAAGUGUUGACCCACCCUCAGAUGAUGACAUACCUUCUCCCCCACAUCAACUACCUCAUAUCUCACAGCAGAAUCCACCUCAAACAAUGGGAAUGGACGGGCAUUCUCGGUUAAUACCACAACAGCGAUAUUGGGAUUACCGGAAUAGGAAUGAGCAAAAACCCUCAAUGUGGCAGAAGAUGUUUCGAAGACCAACACAGCACGGUUUCGGAGAAGACAAUCUAGGUCCAGAUGAUAGUGUGACUGUCCGAAAUUGGAGAAAAGACGUUAUGCCAGGUCGAGCACCAACACUGGUACCUCAACCUGGAUUACCUCCAAGGGCCCUCAUGCCUCAAAUAGGACCAACGAUAUCACCCUCUGGCUAUCUACCAAAUGCUCAUCGGAAUGCGCCUGGAACGACAUUGUAUAACACUAGAGGAGCUUACUCGCGAAGAGAGAGACAACCUAAUUUUUGGGAUAAAAUGAUAUACACUCGUCCAGAUGAUCAGACGAGAUAUCAUAAUGCUCCAAGACGGAAUGGAAAUCUGAACUUACCUUAUCCUGCUCCUCGACCUCCAAGAGAGACCAGAAGUAUCUUCAAUACUUCGAAAGCAGUCAAAGAGAAUGCUCGUUCUAAAAUUGACAGAUCAGGAUAUCAACCUAUUCUUCCAAUUCGUAAGGAGGAGGUUGGAGUGAAAACAUCAAGGAGAGCAGGUGAUGAACGGUAUACAGCUAUACAGCGAGAGAAGGAAGAAAGAAGAAGGCAACGUGCUGCAAGGAGAGAUGAAAGAGCUAAUAAGAUCGUGCCGUACUCAACGGAAAAGAAUGGAUUGAGAAGAGACCAGUUUGCUCAAGCUGGACAACAAGAUAGACCAAUCGAUUUGGGAGGUCCAAGAGGCGGUAGAUCAAAAACUAUGAUCGGUGAUUGGGUAGGGCAGUUCGGCAUAGGACAGAUGCAAACGCCCAAAAAGGCAAAUGCAGCUCAGAAUACACAGAAUCAAUUCCAAUCUCCGCUGAGGAGUCGAGAACAUGGUCAAAGUCAAGCUUUGGGAAGAAGUGGGAGUCAACAAAAAGGUAGGACUAUCAAAAGGACUCGGACAGUGGACCAACGAGCGGCUGGUACGUCAGGUGCGAAUAGCAAUGGUGCAGGGAUUGGCUUUACGAGAGCGCUAGGAAUGCUUGCACGACUAGGGGGAAAUCGAGAUCAGAAUAGUAAAGCGCAGACGGCAGAUAGGAGUUGA